AUGGAAACAUACGAUCAUCUUAUCAAAUAUAAUGAUGACGACUCUUCUGUCAGUGUUCCCUUCGGACGUGCUGCGGAAUAUUAUAUUUCGAAGCAUCCUUUAUUAAAAAAUAUUCGACUAAAGGCUCGUAGUCGUCUAAGAACACCUCAACUUAUAAAAGAAGGAAUUAUUACCUUGAAAAGAGUCGAAGGUGCUGUUGACUUUGUGGAAUGGACUACAUCUAACGGAAACACAAAAUCAACCAAUCGCAUUGAUGAUGUCAUUGAACUUACUCCAAAAGGAAACGAAUUAGUUGAAAAGAUUUCUUCUGGAAAGGCUAAAGACAAGCUUUGCUGGUCUUGGGUUAUGUAUUGUGCGGGAGACGGAAAUACAUGUCAACAUUUGUGCGGGGGGAUUGGAAAAUGUAACCCAGAUUGCCCAAAUGUUAAUUUACCGAACAAUCUAAAAAAUAGCAAUGAUAGACAUCGUUGUCGAUUACGUGUUGUCUCGGAGUCGCGUCUUUCCUGGAUAAAUACUCCGCAUCAAUUGAGAAUUAAGAUUGACGGAUGGCAUAUUCCUCCUAAUGCUCUCGUUGUUCAUUCACCACAAGUUACGCGAGUCAAUCUUACACGGUCAGCACGUGACCAAAUUAUUAUAAGUCGUCGAGCGGACCGCUGGACAGCAGAUGAUGUAAAGACAAAGAUAUUGGUAUCGAAAAAAGGUGCCACUGAAGCUGAUCUCAAUCAAGAUGUGGUUAAAAAUCGUGAUAUUUGUAAUAGCAAACAACUUAAACGAUUAAUUGUACGAGACGAUCGUAGAGUUAAGGACAAUUCUGGUCCUUGGACAGUUCUCCAACAUUACAUUCAAGAUGUUUUGAAACCACGAGGUCAUGUAUUAUACUAUCAGAAUCCUAACCUUUCUGCUGAGGAAAAUUCUCCUGAUCGUUAUUACCAACUCAUUGUAUCGGAUGAUUUAUGGUUGAAUAAUGGUAGAGAUUUUGGACAACAUUUCUUCUGUAUUGAUGGAAACAAUGGCCUAAAUAUGGAUCGUGCGACAGUCCUUACUAUGGUGAUUGAAACAAAAUCUGGACAUCUUACACCAUUGGCAUUUGCCCUAAGUAAUGGUGAUGAUAAAAUACCAGUGCGAGUUGCAAUUUCUGCAAUUAAGGCAAACCUUCCGUGUAAUAAAUCGGAUUGCAGUCAUGCUUGGUAUUAUGAGGACUUGCCUAAUAACAAAGGUUUUCGACGAAUUCGUGAAUGUUCAUCUAUAAACCCUUGGAAUCCUAUAGCAAUGAUCGAUCAACAUGUACCAAUAAUGCAUGAAAUUGAAAAUGAAGUUCGUGGUACUAUUCUUUCUUGGACACAUAUAAUGUUGAAAUUAGCGGAGAAAUUUAAAACAUGGGAUGUACCAAAAUUGUUAAGAUAUCCAAUCGCAAUGGGUUUCAAAAUAAUUGGAAGAAGUCGUUCAGACGAAGAAGCUGAUGAUUUGAUGAAAUUAUUUAAAAAUUUUAUAGACGCGUUGGCGAUUGGUCCUGAACAAAAGUCUCUUAUAAAGGAUGAAUUGGAAAACAAUUGGAUGAAUGAUGAGUGGCGUAAUAAAAUUAUUGAUUGCGGGCGUAUAUUCGAUGACCUCUUAGAUGAGAAACCAAUGACAUCUAAUAACUUGACAGAAAUAAUCAGUCGUAAAGUAGAAGCCCAACUUGAUGGCAAAAUGACACCAUUAGCAUUCCUCGAACGACUUUUUGGAGUAAAGCUGCGAAGAGAUAGUUUACAUGCUGAUGAUGCGCCUGUAGAACAGUCUGAUCAAACAAGCUUAGUCGCACUCCUUAAUGCGCAAUCAAUAGCACAGCAAGAUCAAUCGGAACAAGCUUUACCUAAUGACAUUCAGUGUCACCUGAACCUUGGACGCCUUUAUUUCCUUUAUAAUAUUGUCGAGCCAGCAGAAGAAACAAACUAUUACUAUGUUAAAAGAAUAAAUGAAGCAUCACUAACUUUUACAUCACCGUACGAUGGUAAACAAAUACAACUGGAUGCUAAUGCUAUGGAGAGUUUGAAACCAAUGAUUAAUAGUUUUACUAAUCGUCAAGGCGUGGUAGAGCGCCAAGGUUAUUAUAUAGUCAACAUAAAAACUGGUGAAUGUUCCAUGUGCCUCGAUUUUAUCUGGCACGGAAGAUUCCGUAGUGUAUGCAAACACUGUCAUGCAGCACGUAUAUUUGCAGAGGGACAGCAGUUAGGUGACUUCUCUCAAAUCAUAAAAGAGACAAAGCAGAGAUUGGUCGAUUAUUUCAGAUCGAGAGAGGACAUUUCUCAACAACAGCGUAACAUUAUCAUCUCCCAAGGCUCUAUAGAAGAAGCCUAUUUAGAAAUUGUCCGAUUAUUUAGUAUUAGUGGGGAUAAAAUCUUUGAUCCCCCUGCGUCCAAAGAUUUUUGUAGGGAUCCUUUACGUAAUUUCAAAUCAAAGAGGAGAAACUCUGUUAAACCUAAUGGGCCAUCGAAGCCGAAUAAACGAGUGCGUACGAAGGAAAUAAAUAUAGGUCAACAAAUUGAAUUUUCAGAUACACAAGCGCCCCUUGAAGAGAUGAUUAAUGAAUCGAUUUAUAUAAAUUCAUCUUUAAAUAUAUCAAACCAGUUAUCGCAAACUGAUAUAUGUCCAGAGGAACCAAAUAAAACAUUAAAACAUUGGAGUUAUAGAUGUCUCAGAGAAAUGGAAACUCAUCUUGCAAAUAUUUGUCCUGAAGUUCCUAUAGAAAUAAAAGUAUAUUGGCAAGAAUUGUUUUUAAAUAAAAUUAUUAAUUAUAAACAGAUCAAAAGUUCAAAUCAAAGACAAUUAAAUCAAUAUGAAUUGCCAUUAUAUGAGCAAAAUGAAAUUGACAAAGCUUUUUUAAAAGCAUGA